AUGAAGUCAAAAGGUGGAUACCUUAACAAGGGGACCUUCAAAUCUGGAAAGUCAAACAAACGUGAUAAUUCAGGCCCACAUUACUCAAAUGAAGUCCCAUCAGAAGUUAUUGAAGUUGGAACUGUCUCACAUGACUGUGAAAACGAACUAGUAAUUAAAUGUACAUUAGUUGAUAAAGUCCCCUAUUUUAAUGGUAGAAUUUUUUUAAGUAAUAAACAGGAAGUCGGAAAGAUAGAUGAGAUUCUAGGACAAGUUAACAACUUCUACUGUUCCGUGAAACUGAAUGAAGGUUUUAAAGCAAAAUCAUUUGAAACCAAUUCUAAGCUAUAUAUCGACCCGAAACAGUCUCUACCAAUGGCAAGAUUUACUGGAAGACCUGAAGUGAAACAAUUUUCGUCUAAAAAAUCAGUUAAAAAGGAUAAAUCUUUCAAAACAGGUCGUCCCGCAGUUUCUCAUAAUUCUAGAGGAACAUUUAGACUUUCAAGGGGAACUUCUAGGAUUUCCAGAGGAACAAUUCGAAGAUAA